CAGACAGAGAGACAGACGGCAGAGAGACGGUCUACCUGGACGUCAUGGAUCACCUGUUGAUGCUGUUGCUGUUGCUGUGGAGCUCAGGACUCCAGGCUGAAGGAAAUCACACAUCAACAGAGUCUGUCAGGUUGGUGGGAGGAGACAGUCGCUGUGCAGGAACACUGGAGCUGAAACAUGAAGGACACUGGAGACCAGUAGAGGGCUUGUUCUGGACCCUGAAGGCAGCAUCUGACUCUGUCAGGCUGGUGAAUGGGACUAGUCUGUGCUCAGGUAGACUGGAGGUGAAGUCCAACCACUCUAACCAGUCCAACCAGUCCAACCAGUGGUGGUCCUCAUUGUGUGAAGAUGACUUUGACCAGCAGGAUGCAGAGGUGGUCUGUAGGGAGCUUGGCUGUGGGGCUCCUUCAGUCCUCCAGGGGGCGCUCUAUGGAGAAGUGGAGGCUCCAAUGUGGACCAAAGAGUUCCAGUGUGGAGGCCAUGAGUCUGCUCUCCUGGACUGUAGAAGCUCAGGCUCAGAUAGAAACACCUGCUCACCUGGCAAAGCUGUUGGACUCACCUGCUCAGAACCUGUCAGGUUGGUGGGAGGAGACAGUCGCUGUGCAGGAACACUGGAGAUGAAACAUCGAGGAGACUGGAGACCAGUAUAUGGCUCUGGCUGGACCCUGAAGAAAGCAUCUGUUGCCUGUAGAGAUCUGGACUGUGGCUCUGCUGUUUCAGUAGGAGAGAGAGAGGAGUCCUCAAGGAGAUCUGUGUGGGAGAUCAACUCUCCCUGUGUUUAUUCUGGAUCUACUCUGAGGGAGUGUUCAACAUCAUGGUCCUCUUCCUCCAUCCUGAAUCUCACCUGCUCAGUCAAGUCAUGAAGAGUAAUAGUCUCAGACUGUGCUGUCAUGUCUCUCCAGGCCAGAAGGGGGAGGAAGCCGGGCAGACGGGAGAACAUUGAGCUGGAUGAGUUUAACCUGGGUGUUCCUGCAGCUGAAGAAGAAGGAGCUCAGGGAGCAGAGUAGCUCCUCCAAGGAGCUCAUCUCACAUCCAGAUGGAUUUCUAACACACAGCCACCAUCAGCUCACUUUAUACGCAUGUUCCCUUUAAACAAGAAGAAUAUCAUAUUACAUUAUUAGAGCCUGUCUUUGUUACUCUCUUCUGACUUCCUGGCUCUCAGCUCAAAGCCCAUUGGUUCCUGCUGAAGACGUGAGUCUUUAGAAACACCUCCCUGAUAUAAAGGUUCAUUUAGAACUAGACUUGAGAGCAGGUUUACCAGAGUCCAAGCAGCCGGCGU